GCGCUGUGGGAGCCGCUGCCGGUGCAGGAGGAGCCCUGGAGGUCACGGUGCUGCUGUAUAAUGGCGGCUGUGUGGUGGUGAUGGCUCGGCUGCUGCUAAGGCUGGUGUUCGGGUUGUGUCCCCUGUAGUCCCGCAGCCCCAGUAGCCGCGGGUAAGGAUAGCCGCGCGGUGUCCCGCUCCGAGCCGAUGCCAGUGAUGGAGCAGCGCGUGUGACGGCCAUCAGUCGACACAAAACAUCAUGAGGAUCUAUUGAUGGACGCCUCUGAAACUCUAGGUCCUUUCACAUCAUCUGAUCAUUCAAACCAGACUCCUGAUGAAAGCCUUUUGAUCAGUAAUACGGAUUUGUAUCAAUCUGCAGAUACGUUAUCAAACAUGCUGAGUGAUAAGGAUCCACUGCUCCCGUCAUCCAGUACACCAUUCCGAUUGGAGCUGCAGACAGAAGCUAGUGAAACCCCAGAUCUAAAGUUAGAUGAUGUGGGAGCAAACAUCUCUGCAACAGCAGAAAACGAGAAUGCAGAACUGUCAGGUCUUCAAGAGUCUUCACAGAAUAGCAAUAACUCAGAGUCCAAUGUGGCUAAUUCCAACAGGAAAUCUCCCCGUCUCCACUCAGUGGCGGCAAACAAUAAAGACCACAACAAGGCUGAGCCUUCACGAAUCAUCCACCCGAGCAGUAAAGAGUUUAAAAAGACCUGGGGAUUCCGACAAACCACUAUUGCAAAGCGUGAGAGUGCUCUGGAUGCUGAGGCCUCUGACACACUUUUGAAUGAGAAUUCGGAUCAACAGGCACAGCUCACAUUGCGCAGGAGUAGACGACAGACUCAGCGGACAGCACGAGUACAAGAAUUCAUUUCAGCUGCUCAAAAACGCUAUCGCCGAACCUCAGGCUUUGAUGAAGGUGGAGAAUUUUUGUCCAUUGCAUCAGAAGUCGAGGCAGGGUCUGAUGGCAGUAUAGAUGCAGUAGAGGAGAAAGGACCAGACUCGAUCAUAGAUCUGGGAUCUGAUAGUUUAGUUGAAGAAAUUAAUGAGGAAAGUAUUUCUGAUAAAGGCAGCAGCACUAAUAGCGACAGUGACGAACUUACACUCAAAGAGCUACAGAAUCAGCUUAGAAAACGUCGUGUUCAGGAGCGGUGCGAUUCGCCACAGACCACACAAUUAGUGCAGGAAAUAUCCAGUGAGGAAAAUCAGUCAAAGAAAGGAACAAAGUUGGCAGGAAUUGUAAAACCUAAGAAACUAUUGAGUACUUCUGUAAAGAAAGGAAGUAAAUCUAGUGCUGUUCCAAAAGAUUCAGAACAGCUCGUUAAAAAAGAACUGAAAUUACGAACAUCAAUUAAGUCAGAGACUGAAGAAGAUGAAAGUUCGGUCAGCCAAUCAGACAAUGACUAUAAUGACCCAGACAAAUUGUAUUGUAUUUGUCGGCAACCACAUAAUAACAGGUUUAUGAUCUGCUGUGAUCGCUGUGAGGAAUGGUUUCAUGGAGACUGCGUGGGAAUUACGAUGGCCAGGGGACGUUUACUGGAGCGCAAUGGGGAGGAUUACAUCUGCCCAGAUUGUAGUCCAUCUCCAGACAAAGGCUCGAGCAGCACUGAGAUGACGUCUGGUCAACAGGAAAGCAAAUCAGCACUUGCAAGCACUGGUGACCAAAAUGCAGCAUUAGAGAAACCAGAUGGAAGCUCUCCCACUGACCAGGGAAUAAAAGGCAGGAUUGAAAAGGCUGCCAACCCGAGCGGCAAGAAGAAGAUUAAAAUAUUUAAACCGAUGGUGGAAAUUCCUGGUGUGCCUAAGUGUAUUGGGCCCGGCUGCACCAAACUGGCCUCUACGGACUCUGUGUACUGCAGUAAUGACUGCAUCCUCAAACAUGCUGCAGCUACAAUGAAAUCGCUUAGCCAAGCCAAGGAGCAAAAACUAAAGACUAAAGAGAAAAACAAGCCAAAGCCAGAGAAGGCCACUUCAUCGAAAUCUCUGGCAGAGGUAAAGAGCACGAUAAAUGCAGAGAUUAAUUCAAAACAACUGCCAUCAGGCCCUCGAAAAGCUAUUGAAGGAACAGACACAAAUGAAACGUCAUCCAAGAAAUUGGUGGUAUUGGUCCAUAACAGGCCUGUAGCAAUACCAAAGGAAAGUGCAGCAGGUCCUGCUCUAGGGACUUGGACCAUUGAUCAUAAUUACAACGCUGUAAAGCCAGAAAAGACUGUGAUAUCCACAUCAGUGUUUUACAAAUCGUUGCAAAAGGAGGGAGACACAAACGUUGAUUCUCUUUCUGCGGGCGAACGCUCCACUGGAGAACGGCAUAUCUUACCUAAGCCACCUCCUACCAGCCAGCAGGCCUCUAAACCACCAACUCCUGCUAAUAAGCAACUUGGUUCCAAACGGCCUAUUACAACAACUCAACAAUCUCCUUCAUCCAAACAGCCGUCUUCAACAAAGCAACUUUCAACCAAGCAGCCUGGGCCAGCAAACAAGCAGCUCACUUCUGCCACCCCCAGUGGUAAAAAAUCUGCUGAUAGACAAUCUGUUCAGCUUUCAGCCCCUGGUGCAAAACCCUCCAGCCAGCCCUCGAAUUCUCAGAUCAGACACAAUAUCCGCCGUUCACUUAAGGAAAUUCUUUGUAAAAGGGUGAAUGACUGUGAUGACCUUGAUGUGACAGAAGAAGUCAUUGGCAAGAUAGCAGUGAACAUUGAAAAGGAAUUGUUUAUGUUGUUCCGAGAAACUGACAGCAAGUACAAGAGCCGAUACCGCUGUAUCAUGUUUAACUUAAAAAACCCCAGGAACCAGGGCCUCUUUCGCCGUGUUCUUCAAGAGCAGAUUGUUCCCUCCAGGCUGGUACGUAUGAGUCCCGAGGAGAUCGAGUCGAAGGAACUGGCCAUGUGGGGAGAGAAAGAAAGCAGAUCUGCAAGGGAGCAAAGUGCGAGAUUGCAGCGUGAAACAAAACGACCAGCUUCACGGGUGAUGAACAAGUCUGAAGUAGAUCUUGAAGAGGCACCACCGAUGUCUGAUGCUGAUGAACAGGAAGAUUCUCGUCCUGCCCAGAAGAACAGUGCUCCAUUGCCCGACAUCUUAAGUCUUAUGCUCAAGGAUACCACUGAUGAACACCGUGCUCACCUCUUUGAUCUGAACUGCAGAAUCUGUACAGGUAAAAUUCAAGUCUCAGAUGAUGAACCAGUGCCUAAAAAGCCCAAAGUAGUUGUGACCAAAAAGACGGAACCAAAACCGAAGCCCAGGGAAGAGUGGAGACACCGUCCAGAACUGGACAAGCCAGCAGUAACUGUUUCAGCAGCACAAGUCACAGCAGUUUCAACCCAAGUGACUAGUUCUCUUUGUAUAGCAUCAGUAGCCUCGUUCUCUAUCAGUAAAGACACCUCACAAAUUUCUUCAGUAUUUGUCACCAGCUCCCCAGCAGCACCAGCCUCAUCUGAAUGUGCCACUGCAGUGAUAAACACAGCACCCAUAAACACAACAUCCAAACUCAGUCCAUCCACCCAUCCUGAGAUCAAAUCAGCAGUACCUCAGUAUUCCUCCGCUGUCCCUGCAGCUGCAAAAGGGGUAAAAUUAACCGAUGAAGAAAAGAAACCAGAGGCGCUGAAGUCUAUUUUAACAACUGCAACUCCCAAGUCUAUACUGAGCAAGCCAUCAGCUGCAUCAGAGAAGACAUGUACAAUGUCGUCGGCCAUAAGAGUUUCUUCUGAAUUGAGGAGUUCGGCAGAAGUGGACACUUCUCUGUUCCUCUCUCACCUGGAUGCCAUCUGGAAAGGGUUUAUCAACAUGCACGGUGUGGCAAAGUUUGUCACCAAAGCGUAUCCGGUCUCUGGAUCCAUCGACUAUCUAGUAGAGGAUUUGCCAGAUACAAUUCACAUUGGUGGCCGGAUUUCACCCCACACAGUCUGGGAUUAUGUCAGCAAACUGAAAUCUUCUCUUUCUAAGGAAGUCUGUCUGAUCCGAUUUCAUCCAGCCACCGAGGAGGAGGAGGUGACCUAUGUCUCGCUGUACUCCUACUUCAACAGUCGCGGGCGCUUUGGGGUUGUGGCCAAUAAUGCCAGGCACAUCAAGGACCUGUAUCUUAUCCCACUUGCUGCUAAGGAUCCGAUUCCCUCCAAAUUAUUACCUUUUGAGGGUCCAGGUUUGGAGAAAUCACGUCCCAAUGUGAUCCUGGGCCUGGUGAUCCGGCAGCGAGGGAAGCGGCGGGAGCCGGAGCCCGAGGACAAACCUGAGGCGACUCCGAGUGAGGAGAAGCGAGGCCGCCUGGGCCCUCAGGAGGAUGGUGGCAAAACAGCCAAGCCCAGCACCACACCCCCCGGCUCACCCCCCCAUCCUGCGCCCAGCGGAUCUGGCCCAGCCCCAGCCCCAGCCCCAGCCCCAGCCGCAACCCCAAACCCAACCCCAACCCCAGCCUCAGCCACUCCCCUGCAGCACAUCCUGCAGACGCUGUUUGGCGCCAAAAAGGCAGGUGACCGAGUGACAGAGGCGACGCUCCUCGACCCCAUCGUGCAGCAGUUUGGCCGAGUGCAGGAGGGGCCGCCCGUGGAGGACGACGACAACAGACCCUACGACCCCGAGGAGGAGUACAAGCCGGAGGGCGGGGCUGAGGGGGGUGUGUACGAGCCCGAGAAGGUGUAUGACUUGGAGGAGGCCUACGACCCAGCGGACGAAACGAUCCUGGAGGAGGUGAUGGUGGCCCUGCCCCCCGGGGCGGCUCCAGCUCCAGCCCCCGACCCCCGUCACAAGCCCCCGGAGCUGUACCCUCCCCCACCCUCUCUUGUUGAGCAGCAGAAAAUGCUGGAAACUUUGAACAAACAGAUCGAGGAGCAAACCCGGCAGGUGGAGGAGCAGGAGGAGGCUCUGAGGCAGCAGCGAGCGGCAGUCGGUGUCUCCAUGGCUUGUUUCUCAGUCUCUGACGCUCUCAUGUCGCCGCCGCCCAAACCCCCCGGAUUUAAAGCCGAGCUGUUCUCAGGAGCUGAGGUCUCUCAAGUGAUCGACCAGCGCAGAGACCCUCGGCAGGCGGGCGCCCGGAGGGUGGGCUCGGCAUCUCCUCCUGUCACCCUCACCCCCGGCCCCGAGCAAUUGCAGUCCAUCACUGCUCACUGCCCACAGCCCAGAGAGGAGGGGGUAGCCACCAUCCCGCCUAACCUGGGAACUGAGCGGCUUCUGCUGGAGGCCCCUCAGCCCCCCCCCGUGCUGCUGCCUGAAGCCAUGGCUCUGGCUGUUGGCCCAGGUGACGGGCUACCUAAGGGGCCACCACCCAAAGGCUUGUUGCCCACCCCGAACCUCCCACCCUUGUUCGCUCCCUCCUACACGGGCGGUCGCUGUACAUUCCCGUCCCCUCCCCACAUCAGCCCCCAGGACCAUUUCCACUCUCCUAAUCUGCAGAUAAGAGGUAAUUUCCCCAAUUUUCAGCAUCUCAACAGCCAGCAGUUUGCCCAGUUUGGGAGGCAGCCUUCAGACUUCAUGGCCCGUGGGCCACUGCUGGCCCCUCCCCCCCUGGAGCCACCGCCACUGUUUGGCAGAGGGGGCCCCACGGCAAGGCUCCGUUUCCAAGGCCACCCCCCGGGCCCGGGCUUCCAGAACCAUCCGCCGCAUCCACUCGUCACUCAACCCCCUCCUCAACAAGAGGGACAGCAGUGGGCAAUGACCCCUGGUUCAGCCCCCAAACCCUUGGCACAAGCGACGGAGGGAGAGACGCCAAGAUCUGUCUUGUCGUAUCCCCAGGCAGAGCAGCGAGACACCCCUAGAGAUAACGCUGAGCCCCGGACGCAACAGCCAGCCAGACUGCCGGACCGCUCCAGCGAGCGCACAGAGCCACGAUCCUCCAGCGACAGGUUCCGCAGAACAUCUGACGAUAGGAGGAGAGAUCGAGACCGAGAUUAUGGGAAAUCCUGGGACAGAGACCGAGAGCGGACUUGGAACCGAGAGAGAAACCGGGAGCGAGACAGAGAACGGGACAGAGACAAGGGCAAGAACAGGGAGCGCGAGCGCGAUCAGGAAAGGGAUCGAUACAGAAGAAGAGAGCGGGACAGGUCGAGGAGCAGAGAUCGUGAUAAGGACCGAAACCGGGACAGAGAGAGGGACCGGGGCAGGGAGAGGGACCGGGACAGAGAGAGGGACCGGGGCAGAGGAAGGGAACGAGAACGUAGGGAGAGAAGCAGAAGUAAAGAGCCAGAGAAAGACAAACAACCAGACGUAGAGAAAGAAAGUAAAAAACUAGCCACAGGAGAGAAAGAAUGUAAAAAAACAGAGGGAGAGAAAGAGAUGAAGACGCCAGCGAGUGAAACUGUUGAAAGCAGCGGCUGAGCCUAAAAAUACCCCUCAGACACUUUUCAAGGAAGAAUGAAAUAUUUUAGGAACGUAAUAAUCUUCAAAGGAUUUCAAAGAUUACGUUACUUGGACCGUUAAACAAAG